AUGAUCGCUGGCCACCGUAAGCGCGGGUCUGUGGACGGCGAAGCUGGAUGGACUGGAAGGGGAGGAUUGUGUUUAGCAGCGGUUCACACAGCACUGCUUUGGGAAGCGGCGUGCACCCCGCGCUACCCGCGCCGGUGGUCGCGCGACCCAUCACACAGGUCAUCGAAACAGGAGAAGAAGGAAGCCAGUUCCUGUAUCGCAUCACUUGGGCGAGAACGGGACUGUCAAAGUCCAAUGGACCAACUCAGCCACUUUAUGAGUAAAAGACUGCGUCACCGUAUCAGUGAUAUGCGAACGUGCGCUUUAGGUCCAUUGGAUAUGGUCUUCAUCACAGUUUUUACAUUUGUACCAGGGAUGGUUGCUAGUAUCCAUGACAUAAUAUUGGAAUAUCCUGGACCGGUCGUUCGAUUUUCAGUCCAACAGAUAUGCACUAAUGUUAUAAUUAUGUUUGCUCCCGCGGUAUUUUCUGAGAUGAUAGCACGCGAGAUCUACUCUAUGAAGCUUUUACUAAAUAAACAGAUGCAGCUUUGUGAAAGUCGGCAAACGAGCAAACGGAUUACCAAUCGGAUAAGCAAUCAGCGUCAUGGAUAUCCGCAACGACGGAGGAGUCACGAGUGCGCCGUCGACCUUUUGGGAAUUAGGGAUUUGGAGAUUUUUGGAAAGGGAACGGAUUGGGCCUUCGGUAACCUCACUCACACGGCGAAACACAACUCUUUGAUUAUUUCACGACGGUUUUCUGUGAGGCCGUGGUAUCACUCCGGUCGAGCCGACCCAUUCGUGCCGAAGCCUGACUCUCCCACACUUGAAACCACAGUGAUAUCACAUCCUCAUCAAAAACAGGCGUUAAAUAACGCGGUUGGGCGGGAGGGAGUGUCAGGCUCUUACUGGGUAAGAACCCCUUUGUUCCUUCUCCUGCUCUGGGCCAAGGUCGUGGUGCCUCAUUGCUCUUACCCCGCAACCCCGGCUGAACAUCAGCCCUUUAGGGCCCGGUUUGUGGUGGUCUAUUGGCUCUUUGAGGCGCGCGCGGAACGCUACGCGCCGUACGCUCGGGCCUGGUUCUGGUCGGGCGGCGAGCUGCCCUUACUCGCCGACCGCAGGCCCGUGCAUAUAUUAUGGAUUACAAGUGCACUGAAUGCGCAGAAGAAUAUAUUAAUCACGACAGAUCAAUUUUCAGAAUUACACAUGUGA